UUGCAGCCAUGUCCACAUUUGCGUACACUGAAACUCUACUUGGCGUUGGCUUUUCAAGUUCUCACUUCUCAGUGCCUUGUUAGAAGUGAUGCGGUGUAGUGCGGUGCGUAGCUAAGCGAGUGGUGGAUUACCAAAAAAUUACGGCGUGGGCUAUAUUCAGCCCCCGCCUUCGAUCAUGGGAUGAGGAAGGGCCGGGUUCCUCUACGAACUGUUCUACAAAAUUUCAUAAAUCAUGUGGAUAGUAUAGAAAAGCAAAGAAUUGAUGGGGAAGAUUUGUACGAAAAGGAAUUUCAGGAGCUAAAAGCCAUCACCGAGAGUCUUAAGAAUGAGCCGGGGUUUGAGUGCAGCCAUGGCGAGAAGGAAGAGAACCGCAGGAAGAACAGAUACAAGGAUAUAUUGCCGUAUGACUACACGAGGGUGGUGCUCAAGCCGACAUCUAGCGAUGCUGGCGACUACAUCAACGCUAACUACAUCAAAGGUGCUGGAGGCUCGCGCGCCUACAUCGCGUGUCAAGGGCCGCUGCCGCACACCCUGGACGACUUCUGGCGCAUGGUGGUGCAGUGCGACGUGCAGGUCAUCGUUAUGGCCAGCAACGAGACGGAGGGCGGCAAGCACAAGUGCGAGUGCUACUGGGCCUGCGAGGCGGGAGAGCGGCGGCAGUUUGGCGAGGUUGGUGUCAGCUUCGUCAAAAGUCGCCAGGUUUGCCCCGACUUCCUCGUGCGUACACUCAAGAUAACCUUCCCUGGGGACGGUGGGGAGGCCGAGACACGCAUAGUCUGUCAGUUCCACUACUCGCUGUGGCCGGACCACGGAGUGCCAGACUCUGUGAAGCCGCUGCUGGCGAUGGUGCGGCUAGUGAGGGAGUGUCAGGCUAGUGAGACUCUGCCACUGUUGGUGCACUGCAGUGCUGGCUGUGGCAGGACUGGCACUAUCUGUGCCAUCGACCAUGUCUGGACACUCCUUAGGACUGGCCGUUUGCCCGACUGCGUGGACCUGCUGACGAUGGUGAAGGACAUGCGACGCCAGCGCGUAGCGAUGGUCCAAACUCGGGACCAAUACAUGCUGCUACAUCGCGCCCUCCGCCAUCUCUUCACGGACAGACUUGCCCUCAUCGAUGAACAUCCUUACGCCAACAUCGCAGUAGACGGCUCCCCUCUUGGUCUGCAUCAUCCCGCAUCCCAUAAACCGACGCACAACCGUAAUGGAUCUGGCAGUAACACCCCCACCGGCAUCAGCAGCCCCAUCAGCACCCCCGCCAGUACUCCCAUCAGCACCAAUACCAGCAUCAACAACAGCAUCAACACCAGCACCCACGCCAGCAUUAACACUAGCACCAAAACUGGCACCGACAUCAGCAAAGCCUCAGUCAAUAAGGCUGUCCCAAACUCCAAUGGAUAUGCCGACAAGAGCGAGGAAUCCUGCAGCCUUCGGACUUCUGAUGGCAGGACUCAGGAUACCUCAGACGCUUCUCGUGCUCAUCGGAAAGACCAGCAACAAGAAACUCCUUCUUUUUCUGGGGUUCUAGGAUCGUCACCUACUGGUCUCCUCUCACCUCAAAACCAUCGUUCUGAUCAAACAGAACCUCAGAGCCCCCGCUGUGGUUCUUCUGAAUUGCCUGAGAAGAACGACUGCAUUUGCAGGACGGAUGGCAGCAGUUGCAGUUCUGGUCGUAAAUGCGGUGUCAAAGAAUCUAAUGUUGAUGAAGUUGACAGCAGCAGUGACAGCAGCUGGCGCUUGCGUCUAAAAUAUCAACCACAACAACAAUCCAGAUCUCAACUUCAAUCGCCGCAAUCCCAAUCGCAACUUCAAUCACCGCAAUCACAACAGCAAUCUCCGCUACUGCAACAGCAAUUUCAAUCACAUGUACAGCCCCAACACCAAAGACUCCUGCAACCUCAACCCCUGAGGGGUUCAUUGAGCCCACAGAGCACACCCUACAGCACUCCGUUGAGCACCCCACAAGGCGGCACGCCCUCCGCGACACCCAACACGACGCCAGGUCCUCUGCAAGGCAUCGGUCUCUUGUCCCCUCCACAGCCACCCACUCCUCCUACCCGCAGCCAGACGCCCUCACCCGUUAUUGCUCUCAACAUGAGGGCCUACGAAGGCUGUCACUCCCAGCAACAACAUGGUCAUCAACAACAGGGGAAGCAACAGGGACAGCAGCAUUUCAAUAAUUACGUCAACUCCCCGCAAAUGCUCACCCAGUCACUGGAUUCUGCUGCACGAAAUCAACUUUCUGGCCAGAAAGGCAACUUCACCCUGACGGACGUCAAGCAAGCGCAUCAAAGUCAAUGGGGAGCUACAGGCAGUCGUAGUCAACGUGGCUUUACAGACGGUCAAAAUCAACGUGACUUUACAGACAGUCAAAAUCAACGUGACUUAACAGACAGUCAAAAUCAACACCAAGGAUCCUUUACAGCCGUACACGGACUGCGCUCUCAAGGUUUGAAAGGUUUUCUUGAGGCUGGAUUUGACGACCAAAAUCCUAACCAAAACAAUUCGGUUCCUGCAAACGCUCGAGUUUCAGCUGUAAAGAAGCCUCGUAAAAGUAUGGAAUUAAAUCGUCGUCCCAGCAUCAACAAACUGAAGCAGCUUUUUGAGACCAACAAGCCAGAAAUUUUCCCGAACGUCGCGUGCGAUGAAACUCGUCCAUCUUCAUCAUCGGUAAAGCUUUCAAGAAGCGCGAGUUCAGUGACGCUGAGGUCUUCGUCUCUCUCUUUAGCCAGUGACGUCGGUGUCAAGUCUAUGAGGCUCAGGAGGAGACCUGGUCUUGGUUCUGAAGAAUCUAUCAACUUUCUUCAAGCACCAACUUAUAAUGCGAGUCAAAACUCUGACAAAAUAUCCGAGUUUUCGAAACGAGUGGACCAUGAAAUGUCAACGGCUGCUGGUCUCUCCUUGCGGAUAUGUCCGCCUCCGCCUCCUUUGAACGAGCGUCGUAAUUUGGAAAUCAACAGAAACGUAAGAUCUGUUGAGCCGGAUUCUCUCUUAUCGAAGUCUACUAACUUUUCUGAUGAUGCAGCCAGAUUAUGCAAGCCUCCUUCCUUGCCUUUACACGUAAGCCCCAACACAAAAAGGAGGCAACAUUUGCGCGAUCAUCCUUCCCCAUUAGGGACCAGAAUAAUUGUCGAUGAAAGACCAGCGUUACCUGUUAAAUUAAAGAAAAAGAGUCAAUCUUUCCGGUAUGCUCGGGAGCAAACGCCAAGCUCUCCGCUAAGCAAUCGUAGUCCUGAUUUCAGCCGGAAAGCUGUGAAUGAAGUUAACAAUUACUUCAGCUUGGAACGAACCAAGGUUGAAUCACAUAGCGUAGCCAGUGACAAAACAUGUCAACAAAGAAGGUUUGGAGAUGUCAACUCUCUGCCAUCGGAGUCUGAUGAACAAACGAUCUUCCCUUCAACUGGAAUUUCAUCUCAAAUUUCACGCCCUACCACCCUUUUUAAUGACAAUGACAUACGUCCUCAGAUCCCACCUAAGAAGUCUGUACAAAAUCGUACCAAAGGAAUCGGUUCUGAAGUUUUUGGCAGCAGUGCACCCGCGCUGUCCAACUCCCUUGACCGUUCAUCAUCAAACUGUUAUGCGCCUAAGCUGCUUGCUGCUGAGGCUUGGAAAUCGUCGAUCAGUUCUGAUUCCGAUCAAAGUUUGUACGACCAACUUCCAUGCCAAGGUCAACAGCCACACAACUCCACGACACACAAACCGUAUGUUAAUGCGCGUCUGGUGCGAGUUGCUGAUUCUGCGAGUGGCGAACGCGAAGUUUACUUCCCCAUGCCAUCCCGCAGGAAUAUUCCUGGAACAAAUAAACCUAGUCCUGACUAUGCCAACUAUCCAGAAGACGAUUGGCUGGGUCAUGCUGCUGGUGGUUCAUCUCGCUCUCUGCCUCGUAAUAGUAUGAACGCUGCUCCAAAGUCCAUGCCUGGCAGCUCAACAUCCAUGGACAUGUCGCCUGUUGAGGGGAAGAUUCAAAAUGCUCACAUGCACAGCCUCGAUGACGUGUCAGCUUUUCCCAGUAAGAACUACACCAACACAUCAUCGUACCUGAAGAGCGUUCAGGAGCUCAAUACCGUACGUGGGGCGCUGGCUUCUGCGAACAAAGCUGUGACCCACGAGCCUAUCGACUUCGGGGAGCAUUCCAAUGCCGGCAGCGACGACGACGUCGUCGUUGAGGUCGUCAACAAAGAAAUUGUGGGCGAAAAUUACAGACUUGAAGGCUCGUCGUCGCGUCCCAUUUGCUUGCCAAACGAAGACUCGCUUCGGAACAGCCUGGAUUCAAUCGCAAGACAAGUGUAUCAGGACUGUGAAAAUUAUCUUCUGCAUGGUAGUAACAAGUCUGAAGUGCCUAAUUUGAUGCCGACGCAUGCUAAAAAAUCUUAUAAGAACUCGGCGAAUCAAGAGAGCUCCUCGUCGCGAAGCAGCGUCGAUGAAACCUCGUCUUCCUCUUCUGUCGGCCGAAAUUCUCGUUGCUUGAGGGAAGCAACGAAACAAAACGGCAAUCGAGACGACGAUCCUGAUGUGUUUACAAGCGAAGUUAAGAGUCGCGUUAGCAUUGCCCCGCCCGGCCUCAGAACACGGGAAAGAAGUAACAGCUACCGGCAAGCCGUCAGAAACGUGCCCAGUAACUGGAAACCUAAGUUACAGAACUUGGUAGAUGAGAAUUUAAUUAUGACAGAUUCCAUGACAUCUUCUUACAUCACUGAAUCUCCUGAAGAAUCCCAGUCUGAGGCUAACUCAAUGUCAGAGGAACUCGGUAAUCAUAUGAAGAGUGUUAAUAAAUACGAAACCAUUUGGUUUGAAAAAGUCCGCGAAACGGGAAGAUCGGACGAGAAUUCACGCUCCGCUUGCAAUGUUGCAAACGACAGACGCACUGAAGGAAAUAAGUGGAAUGAAAUAAAUAAUACGAGCUGCAUUAGUUCCAGUCAAGACGAAGGUAGCAGCCAGCGCUCUGUGUCAUCUAAACGGCUUCAUCAUCCCGGGUCUCCUGGGUCGGGUUUGUGGGAUAGAAAUUUCCUUGGCCAAACUGAAGAAGUUUCGGGCCCGGCGAACAGUUCAGAACAAAGUCGAGCGUCCAAUACACAGGCUGCUAGUAAUGCAACAAGUGAUGAAAACAAUCACAAUAAUAAUCAAAGAGAAGAGAUGGCUGGGAGUAAACGUUUCCCUUCCUCGUCUGUAGCGAAAAGUGGACAAUUCAAUGGAAACCUACCAAGUCCUUCAAAAGAGCCAAUUUACGUGAACACUUCGGAGUUAAGAGCGACCACUCAGCCGCACCACAGACUAACCACAAGCAGACCUGCUGCCAAUUCAAGUAUUGUACAUAGCAACUACGUUGACCAUGCAAACAACAACGGGAAUGACAAGUCUUGUGGCCUCGAACCGGAAUCAUUUUCCUUGAUUCCUAAACCGCAGGGACCAUCUUCGACCACUCCUCCGAAACAGAUCUCUCGAGCCCCCUUUGCCCCUUACAUGGAAGUCCCGUUGCCCAAGGGGCUUGCAACUUCUGAAAAUGCUGCACGUUCUGUUAUUUCUAGCACUAAUACCCCAAAUUUUCCAAAUUUUGGUGACCAUCGAUUGCAAAGCUACGGAAAAUUCUUAUCGGAGUCUGGCCAAUCUCGGUCUUUGCCCCCGCCGCCUCCGCCUUCUUCUUUCAAGUCCAAGAAUCCCCAUCAGCAUUUCCCGAGCAUGGAACGCUCAGCCCCACUCAAGCCCCACUCUGGGGCGAUGCUCGAAGGCUCAGCCCCACUCAAGCCCCACUCUGGGGCGAUGCUAGAGCCUCUCUACCUGAGCCCAAUUGAUGCCAAGCGAGAACCCGAACCUGUCAAAGGCUUUCCUAACCAGCAUAGUGAGGUAAAAAUUUCAAACUCGCAAGGGAGAAGAAACUUUCAAAACUCUUAUGCCGUUAGCCGUGGCGUGGAGGACGAACGUCACGGCAAUGUGGCAUGUCUUAGCCACGGCAUGCCACGUGCUGGCCAUAUGGCAAGGCCGCCACAUGGCGCUUCGGCUGAGUUCCCUUACGCUUCUUCUAAAGCUCACAUCAUCGGAGACUUCGCUAUUGUCGGAGACUCAGCUGUCCGGUUACGUCGUGGGGCGCGGCCCCCUGGAGGGGACCUGCAGCCCGCGGUCCCCGUGGCGCCCCCGCGGGUCAAGCGACAUUCUGCCGUGGGGGGCGCGGAGACCCCGCCAGACCCCGGCAGACAAGGCACGAGUGACGGCCGCUACACCACAACGUCACCGCAGCUACACAGGAGGAGCGUCCACGGAGCUGGCGGUGUUGAGGGCAACCCUCCUGCUUCUCCUCCUGCACUUCCUGCCAAGACGGCCCUGCACCUCCUCCUGCCUCCUCCUGUGCCUCCUGCAACACUUUCUUCCUGCACUUCACCUGCACAUGCACCACUUAUUUCUUCCAGUAUGCACUCCCACGGCAACUUUACCUCCUGCAACAACCAAUCUUUUGCACCUUCCGGGCCACAAGAUAGUGACAAUCUGGUCCCUGUGUCCCGGUCCCGGGGCAACAGCAGCUCCAUGGGGGACCUGUCCCGAACUGGGGACCCUCCUGAGGAUGGACCCACCAGGGGGACCCAAGAAGUGGGUCAACGUCAGAGUCCGAAUAAUACAAAAUUACCGGACAUUAAGAAGCGGAAUGGCAAACGCGACGAACAACAACUCAAACGGCAGAGCUACCAUGGCGGAAAUAGUGGUACCAAUACUACUUCUACUCACCAUCACCACAAUACCAGUGACUCGUACUACCACCACCACCAUCAUCAUCAGCAUUCUAUGGUGCAACAUCAACACCAUCAUCAUGGACCUCAUUCGUCGUCGUCCUCGUCUACAACGCAGGGACCUGCUAAGCAAGGGACCACAAAAACCUCAUCCGAUCUUUCGAACACUUCCUCUUCGUCUUCUGAUCCUCGUCUUCACAAUGCCAACGGCCGUCAUAAGUCAGACAAGCCUUACUCGUCCCCUCCUUCUACUUCAUCGUCAGGUCAUAGUCAGACUCAACUUCAGUCGUCGCUAGCUUCGUCAAGCAAUUCGUCAGCUGGUCAAGACGGCACCUCAUCUCCCAACAGACGAGCAUCCGGAGACGUGUUAUCUGUAGGAGCGCCAUCUUUCUUUGGCGGUUCUACCUUAAAACCUUAUCAACACACGUCAACAUCGUCACCCUCUCAUCACACGCCGCCCUCAAAUACCGACUCAAUGUCAUCACCAGAGCAUCUUGGUAAAUCAUCUCCUCACCACCCUGGCUCAUCACCCCCACAUCACCCUGGCUCAUCACCCUCACAUCACCCCAUCACAAGUCACCCACCAAACUCCCCUCACGCAUACCUACAACGAUCGUUGACCUCAAGCGCUAUCUUAGUUCGCAGUCCUAACCAAUCUCAGCCACAGAACCGCAGCUUGGAACGCCCCGACAAAAUCAACGGCGUUGAUACUGUGUCCAAAACACCGCCUAACCCUCAGGCGACCAGCAAGUUUUCUAUGCCAAAUUUAUUCAAGAAAUUCAGGGGCAAUGUGAACUCAAGCACAAAACUCAGCCCCUUGCAGCUCGCUAAAAAAUCGUACGUUCAUCCCAACCGUGGAGCUGGCAAACAGGGAACUGAUGUUGGAGGGGGUGAUGGGGUGAUGUCGUCAUACGUAGGUGAUGAGGUAAUGUCACAAUGUGGAGGUGAUGGUGUGAUGUCAUCACAGUACAAAGAUGAGAGGGUGAUGUCACAGUACGGUGGUGAUGGAGCAACGAACGUGGUUGGGGCUCAAAAUGAUGAUGAUGAUGCAGGUCAGAAACCCAGUGGAAAGAAGAAAAAUCAGAAGCUUCCGUCAUCAAAAGGCAAUGUAAAUAAAAGUCGUAAAGUUGGAGCUGAAUCUCGUUGCCAAGUCCCAGAAAAUGUCCAAGACUCGGCCGAAGACCGAAGCGCUUCCGCGUCCCAAAAAAGCAAAAUCCCAAACGCCGCCGAUUCCUCGAAUUCUUCUUCAUCUCCUUACUCAUUCAAAGGAAAAUCUAGCAAGAAAGGCAGUAAACCUGAUAGCAACAAGAAGAACAAUUCAACAAAUGAAAGUAGGUAUACUGGACCUGAAUCACCAACGUCGCCUAAGCCUUUGGCGCGGGCGUUAGGAAAAUUUAAGUUCAUGAGAAGUUUAACCGGAGAUCAAACUGACUCAGGUCUCUCAUCCUCAUCCAGUAACGGAAGCACCGUUAAAAAUAAGACCAGUGAUAAUAACAGUAACGGAAACGGUUGCAGCGGAAACGGCAGUAACGGCAACGGAAGUAACGGCAGCAUGAGCCCUCUUCAGAAAAGCGCUAGCGUUGGCCACAGCAUGUUCACUUCAGUGGUACAGGACUGUGGUUUUCCGCGGUCACAAAAAGCAAGACGCCCGUCGGCCAGUCCGCCCCCCGCCCGCCAGCAAUAUCUGUGAUCUGCACAUCGUCGUGCCUCUGAUGAAUAUAAAUGUGUCAUAUUGUCCUCAUAGUGACACACUUACUCCUCCCUCGUGCAUCACGCUGACAAAUAAAUGUGUCAUAUUG